AUGGCAGGUGCAAAUGUUUACGAUGUGGUGUUCAGCGCGGAGACAUUGGGCUGGUUCGGAAAAUUAUGCAGUGUCAAUGCCACUAACCGAGAUAUCUUCUGUUUCAUCGAGGGACUUAAACGCUCAACAGAGUACACAAUUACUGCUAUGGCCUGCGUUCAGAAGAAAUGUAGCGUGGAAUCAGCAGCAAUCACUGCAAAAACGCUGAGCGAAAAUAUACCUAAACCGCCCCUCUCCACAAUCGCGCCAACCAUGACAACAACGACUGUCGAAACUACCACUGAGGAAACCGAGUCCACGACCGUUCCCACAGAUUCUACGCCCAGUGAACCAUCAACUGAGGUAACAACGUCCACGGCCGUGUCCACUGAUACUAGCCUCAAUGAGUCAUCAACUGAGUCUGCAACGUCCACGGCCGUGCCUACUGAUACUGCACAUAGCGAACCUUCCGCUGAUGCUGCAAUGUACACAAUCGUGUCUACUGAUAUAACGCCUACCGAACUUACCACUGAAAACACAGCGUCAACGACCGUUUCCAUUGACACUUCGCCCAGUGACCCAUCAAGUGAGACUACGACGUCCACGGCCGAGUCCACAAAUACUGCCCACAGUGAACCGUCACAGGAGGCUUCAACGUCCAAGAACGAGUCCACUGAUACUAUACCUAGCGAACCGUCAGCGGAGGCUACAACGUUCAAGACCGAGUCCAACGAUACUUCCCCCAGUGAACCGUCAGCUGAGGCUACAAAAUCCACGGCCGAGUCCACUGAUACUCCCCCAAGUGAACCAUCCUCUGAGGCUAAGAUGCCCACGACCGUGUCCACUGAUGCCACACCUAGCGAACCGUCAUCUGCUGCUUCAACGUCCACCACUGUGUCCAUUGAUAGAAAACCCACCGAUUUGGCCAGUGAGGCUAUUAAGUCCACUAACGCGUCCAGCGAAACUACAUCUAGCGAUACUCACAAACUCAGCGGAGGUGCAAUUGCGGGCAUUGUUGUGGGAGCUGUCGCGGGUGUCCUGUUGAUUGCUACGGCCGUCCUUUGCGUUUUGAAAUUCACUCGUAUGUAA